AUGGCGCAAUUGAAAGUCCACAACUCCCUGAAGCCUGGUCCUCCUGUGCCCUUCACGCCCAAGGAAGAAGGAAAGGUGGCUUGGUAUGCCUGCGGUCCUACAGUCUACGAUCAUUCCCAUCUGGGACAUGCGCGGAAUUAUGUCUCGACGGAUAUUAUACGCAGGAUUAUGCGGGAUUACUUUGGGUUCAAGGUCAACUUUGUCAUGAACAUUACAGACGUUGAUGACAAGAUUAUUCUGAAAGCCCGGAGACAACGAUUGCUGGAAUUGGAGAAGUCGAAGAAUUAUACACCAGAGGUGCUUUCGAAUCUCGCAACUACCGCAUUCCAAUCCUACGCCCAAGGCAACCUUCCAGAACUCUUAAAAGAUGGAUUUGAACUCAGCCCGAACAACUAUGCGGAGAGGAGAGAUGCUAUAUAUGGGAAGGUGUUGGCUGGAGGGACUCUGACCGGAGAAGGCAAGCCAGGUGAUGAUGAAGCCAAAAUGAAGAUGCACCUCAACAACCUCACAUCCGCGUCAGUAGCAAUACAAGAAAACAAAGUGCUUGGAGGGGCAGAUGAGAUACUGCUGCCGUACCUGGACUCGCUUUACAAGGAUUCGAUUGAUGGAAGAGACCACAAGAUAUUUACGGAUGUCACGAAAUACUGGGAGGACCGUUUCAUGGAUGAUAUGGAUGCUUUGAAUGUCAUGCGACCAGAAGUUAUUACACGGGUUACAGAAUAUGUACCUCAAAUCGUCGAUUUUGUCAAUGAGAUCGUCAAGAAGGGCUUUGCAUAUGAAGCGGAUGGCUCGGUUUACUUUGAUAUUGCAGCAUUCGAGAAGGCUGGCAAUCCGUAUGCACGAUUAAGACCAGAAAGUCGGAAUGACAAAGCAUUACAAGAAGAUGGCGAGGGCUCACUUUCAAAGAACUUAGGCGGCAAGCGGGGCGCUGGUGAUUUUGCAUUGUGGAAGAAAUCGAAAGCUGGGGAACCAGUAUGGGCAAGUCCAUGGGGUGAAGGUAGACCUGGGUGGCAUAUCGAGUGCUCGGUGAUGGCAUCAGAUAUCCUUGGUUCGCAGAUGGAUAUCCAUUCGGGUGGCAUUGAUCUUGCGUUCCCUCAUCACGAUAAUGAGUUGGCACAAUCCGAGGCGUAUUUCUGCGAGCAUGGAAAGGGGCCCCAUAGUUGGGUCAAUUAUUUCUUGCACAUGGGCCAUUUGUCAAUUGCGGGGUCGAAGAUGUCGAAGUCGUUGAAGAACUUCCAGACUAUUAGAGAUGCGCUCAACACGGAUUAUACACCGAGAGGGAUGAGGGUUGUUUUCUUGUUGGGGAGGUGGAACGAUGGGGUUGAGAUCUCACCAGAUAUGAAGACAAUGGCGGAGAGUUGGGAGGCAAGUGUGAAUAACUUCUUUAUUGUUGUGAAAUCUCUUAUUGCCGAGAAGAGUGCAAAUGAUGCUCUCAAAUCUCUCUCUAUUGAUGAAAAUGCCCAAGAUGGACUCCAAGCAAGCCUUGAAAAAGCACAAAAGGAGAUGGAGACUGCACUUACAGAUUCUUUUGAUACCCCACGAGCGAUGCGAGUUUUAUCUCAACUCAUCACGGAAGCAAACACCAAUGCACACAAAGCAGAUGCAGACGUACGGGGCCUUGAAGCUGUAGCACGUUGGGUGACUAAAAUAGUCGGGAUAUUCGGGUUGGACGCAAAUGCAAAGCCACCAUACACUGGCUUAGGUUGGGCUAGCAGCGCGGCCAGCGCCAACAUAUCCCCGCAAGAAACUGUAGCGCCUUUCGCUACUGUGUUCCAAAAGGUCAAGAGCGAAGUCGAGAGUCUAGCCCUUCACUCAGAAACUCUCGACAAGCUUCUCGCCGCAAACGUCGACAGCGAAUUCGAAUCUCUAGCGACAGCAGGCUCAACCGACCCCGAAGCACUCGUCAUGCCAUACCUGCGGACCGUUUCAAGGAUCCGCGACGAGAUCCGAAAGCUAGCUCCCACAUCCCCAUCCAAAAAACAGAUUCUUUCCCUCUCGGAUCAAAUCCGCGACGACGAUCUCACGAAUCUAGGCGUCUAUCUCGAUGAUCGUAGCGAAGGCCAAAGCGCGCUCAUCAAAUUCAUCCCCAAGACAGAACUACUAGCCCAACGCGAAGAAAAAGCAGCCAAAGAGCGGGAAAAGGCGGCACUGAAAGAAGCUGCGCGCUUAGCUAGGGAGAAAAUAGAGGCUGAUAAAGCGGCCAAGGCAAAGGUUAGUCCUGUUGAUAUGUUCCGAGACGAGAGGUUCAGUGCCUGGGAUGAGGAUGGAUUGCCUACGAAGAUGAAGGAGGGGGAGGAUGUUCCCAAGAGCGCGCUGAAGAGAAUGAAGAAGGACUGGGAACGACAGAAAAAGGCACAUGAAGAGUGGAAGGCGAAGGAGGCGAAAAGCGGGAUAUAA